AUGAUCUCUGCUCCUUUUAUUGUGUUCGCCUGUUCUAGAAAGCUGAUGACUUCUGCUAUGAUUACAUCCCUGGCAGAGAACACUCGACGACCAUCAUCACGGGAUCCUCAUGUAUGGUUCCGUGUGGCCGUUCACAGCCGUCUGUCACAAAAUUUACAGAUCGAAGUCGCACCAACAUCUGGUGAAAAAUGGUCGUCUUCUGUUCGGAAAGCUGCCUCACCCUUCGAUCCAAACCUCGUUUUUGUACAGGAUCACCUGAAUAGCAAGGGUUGGUGGUGUUCGCUGAGGUCAGCAUACUUGAGAUGUGCAGAAUUCAUAAUGCUCAAUCAGUGCACAAGGUGUAACGGAUCUGUUGACUUACAUUCUGAACCGGCUCGUUCCCAAGAAGACGUCUUCACCACGGAUCAAGCAGCUCUCCAUCUGCUUGGAUGGGAUAUGCGUGGUCAUCCGGCUCAAUGGCGUCACAAAGUACCGUAUCUUUCAUUUACCUGUUAG